GUGCCGCUUGCCAUCAUUGAGCAUCUGCAGAUCCCGACAAGUCAGCGCCGUCGACGAGAUUGAUCACCAGAGGGCUCACAUGAAAGCUGUCUGCCACAAGGGCGAGCGAUCCGACCGCAUAGCCCGUGAUGAGCUCAACUAAGAGAAAGACCGUGUCGAUGGCCAAGAGAAUCUGCGCAUGUCAGCCAAGUGGUCAGUCACCGGAUGGUCGGGUCACUCGGCAGCACGCUUGCCUUGAUCCUCGUCGUUCGACCCGCCAUUCUGACUGUGCUCUCUGGCCUCUCAAAGCCUGCGACCGCUGAGCGAGCCAGGCACCUUUGGACUUUUGCCUCCGCCGCCGCCGCGUCACGUCUUGUCACUCGGAGUCCAACGUAGUACGUCGACUGCUCCGACCUCGUGCCGCUCAAAUAUGUCUGGCAAGCCCGUGACAGCAGCAUCGUCAUGUCGUCGCUUACUCUGUUGGUCCCCUCAGCGGACGACGGACAUGUCAGAGUGACCUACGAGGAGAUUCACCUUAUCAUUGGCAAGACGGCAGCAAAGAUAAGAGAUGAAUUCACUCCUGAUAUGAUGAUUGCCAUUGGUGGAGGCGGCUUCUUCCCCGCUCGUGUCCUCCGCUCCUUCCUCAAAGAUUCCAAAAAGCGCAACAUUCCUAUACAGGCUAUCGGUCUCUCGCUCUAUGAGGAGCUUGGCGCGCUUGAUGGCUCACUCAACGGUCCGUCGACGACCGAGGAAAAGCUUGGCAAAGAAGUCGUCCGGACCCAGUGGUUGGAUCACUCCACCCUUGGCGCGCGUCCACUCAUCGGUCGCAAGAUCCUCAUCGUUGACGAAGUAGACGACUCGCGCACAACACUGGGCUACGCAGUCACCGAGCUCCAAAAGGACGUUGAGCAUCAGCUAGCCUUGCUACCGCCUGAGCGUCGCUCAGCCGUCAGGCCGACAGAGUUUGCCGUUUUCGUUGUACACAACAAGCUCAAGGAAAAGCUCGGUAGCAUCCCCGGGCAUAUCAAAUACUUCUCAGGCGAGGACAUAGAGGAUGCAUGGGUGGAUUACCCCUGGGAACAGACAGGCAAGCAGUAUAUUGUCCUGCACAACAAGCUUGCUCAGGAAGCCAGGGCACGGACAAAUUGAUGUUUCGUGGACAUUCGC